CAAUGCAUUUAUCUUAUCUUUGACAUAUUCAAUUCUACAGGAAUUUGUUUGUCUAGCUGUAAGUCCAAUGGAAUAUCAUAGAUUGUUCAUUUUGAAUCAUGAGAAUUCCAUUGUGUCAAUGGAUUCUACAGUGGGGGAUCCUAUUAUGACCUAUAAUGUUUAUUUCGGUGUUUAUUUAGAGUCCAUCAAUGCAGAGGCCCAUAUAUUGGAAGAUGGUUCCUCUGGAUUAACCCAUGAUGAAGGAAUUCCUGAUCCAGAGACACGAGCACCAUCAACAAUGUACAUGUCCCACUCCCUCCUGCAAAUAAAACAUAUAUACCUCGUAUAUGCUGAAAAGAACAGCACAUUAUAACAUAUACUGUUGGUGAACGAAACGUACAGGGCGUGUAUCACUUGGUUCCUCAAAGUUUCUCACCAAACAUGAUCACAUUUUUUCUGGAAAAGUUAUAUAUUCUAUCAAUAUGAACAAGGCGUUGACAUGCGAAAUGUCACCAC